AUGGCUCAACCUCAAAAUUUCAACUAUCCAUUUUUCCCCUUUCCACCACCACAUGCUUUCCCGUUCCCGCCGAAACCAGCACCUCCCUUUCAUCCCAUUUCUCCAACAAAACCAACCCCACCAUCGCCAUCAAACCCUCCUCCAACGCCGAUAGGCCCGAUACCAAAGCCACCUCCCCAUUCUAUCCCUCCACCAAAGCCCUCAAACCCUCCUCCAACGCCGAUACCUAAACCACCUCCGCACUCUCUCCCACCACCAAAGCCCUCGAACCCUCCCCCAUCGCCUACACCUAAACCACCUCCACACUCUCUCCCACCACCAAAGCCUUCAAACCCUCCUCCAUCACCAAAACCCAAACCGCCUCCACAUCCUUUCUCUCCACCAAAGCCCUCGAACCCUCCUCCAAGGCCAUCUCCACACCAUGUGCCUCCACCUGCUCCAGCAGUAAAGCCACCACCACUGCCACCAAAGCUUCCACCACCACCUCCUCAUGUGGUGCCUACUCCACCUCCUGCUCCAGGGCACCAUGCUACCAUCAUCAUUGUCUUUGUGUCUCUUGGAGGCGUCUUCUUUCUUGCAUUCCUCUCAGCUGCAUUGUUUUGCUUCAUCAAGAAGAGAAGAAAGAGAAUGAUCAAGGAGACUGAUAAUAUUACUGUUGAUGAACAUAUGCACAUUCAUGAAGAAGCUGUACGUGGUCCUUAUGGCGAGCAAGCUGUGCUCGUUACCUUCGAAGAUGACAUCCAUACUCAUGAAACUAAAAUAACUGAUGAAAUAGUGAGUGGGACUUCGCAUGAUAGGGGUGCACAUCAUCCUCAUCAUUUUCUCCAAACAGCUGCACCUACUUCUGACUCUGAUCAAUUUCAAAUCGAGAACAAGAACUCGUGA